UUAUGUAGUUGUGUAAUAUCAGCUGUUUGUUUUUAGAGAAUGUUUUUUACUGUAACAUACACAGGAAAGGUGCAGUGAAAUCUGUUUUACAGGGUCAGCCAUAGUAGUACAGUGCCCCUGGAGCAAAUUAGGGUUAAGUGUCUUGUUCAAGGGCACAUCGGCAGAUGUUUCACCUUGUCGGCUCUGGUAUUUGAACCAGCGACUAUUCGGUCCUUUAAUCGAUAGUUGUUAGAGUGCUCCAUUAGUUGGUGUUGGGUGGAUGCGUUAUUAGGCCUCUUUCAGUAGCUGGGAAUGGAUUUGAUAUGGCCAGUUUAACUCCCAGAGUUACUGUGACCCUGCUGAGUUACUGUGACCCUGGCAUCUUCAAGUGUCAUAUUUGUCUAAAUAGACUUGUACUGAGUUAAAUGUUCUCCUUCAACAUUGAGCCUAAUGUCUCGGCUGGUCGAGUGUAUAAUGUCAGUUAGCUGCAGGGCUUGGUGAAGCCAGUCUUAUGACUUGUCUGAUUAUAACGCUCUGUACUCAGUGUUAGUUGUUUGGAGGCUGUUUUCUGCUCUUUGUUGGGGGUAUAUAAGAGGCCUAGAUAGCCCAGCCCCAAAAGAUCAGCUGGAGCACUCAGGAGCAGGACAAACACUACAUCCAGUAGAAGGAAUAGCUUAGAGAUUUUCAAUCCAGACCAGGGAACCAGUUCACGCAGAAUAUUGUGUACUUGUAUGUGACUGACUUCUCUAGACAUCCCAAAGUCUUUCUACCUUUUGUGUUGUCAAGUAUCGUAAUCAGUGCAAACGACUUUAGGGUGACCUUUUACAGACGUAGCGUGUCUAGCAGCCGUAAGCCCCUGUUGAGAGCCAGGGUUCGUCUGUUCUCCUGACCUGUAGGCAGUUAACGGAGGACAUGAAUAAGGUUCAGGGUGAGCUGAGUGAGCGAGAGCAGCAGAUGCUGCGUAUACGGAGAGACAGCGUCACGAAGGCCUUCCAGCUCUCCAAGAUGGAGAAGAUGCUAGCCGAGACCAGAGGAAAGCUGGACAAGAAGCCUGAGCCUGGUACGGAAAGUAAAGGACGGGACACCCGGGACGACAUGGUCCAGGACCUGGAGGAUAAGGUGCGUUUCACCAGGAGAGACAGGAGGAACUCCCUGCACCGCACCCAGCUGCUGGAGAGCCAGAUGAAGACUGUGAAGGGAGAGCUGGUGGACACACUGGACCACCUGCAGGAGCUGCGAGACAGGCUGAGACGCUCACAGGCUAACGCAGAGCAGCGCAAAGUUGACAUGGAGAAACUGCAAGCAGGGAUGAGGUGAGCCAACAACAGUUCUGGCCCAAUGUGCCAGGGCAGAGGCUCCUUCAGUCUUCUCCUAUGCCCACAACUACUUGGUUCUUGGUACUUUUGCCUCCCUUGGUACCUGCUUCAUUCUUUUUCACCAAUGGGGCCAGAACACCUCAAUCUUGACGACAAAGCUGAAUCCUAAUACUUUUUAAAACUGUAACAAAUGUAUAUUGCCUCUUUACAGUUUGUAAUACUCCCAAAUCUUUGGAAAUACUUAUCUACUUUGUUUUUACUCCGUUUUCACUUCCCACAAACUGCUUUUGUGACUUGGUGGUUGUUAGGGAUUGAUAAACACUUGUAUUAUGUUAGCUCCUAUUCACAGCACUGUAUUUCCUUUCCGUGUUGUGUGGAAACUCAGAGCCAGAAUGUCAAUUACUGAAUAAAAACUGUGCUACAAUCCAACGGGAAGAAGCAAAAAAUAUAACUGUAGUUAACUGUUUUUAAGUUGUCUUAAAUUGAGAUAAACUUGUGCAUCACUGUGUUGCUUGUGGUGUUGUAUUGUCAAGGGUUGUCAAAGGUUACUAUGUACAUAAAUACAUUUUCCAGGUGACAAAACUGAACUUCUCUGAGACCAAUGAUGGCUGAUAAACAACACUGACCCCCCCCCCCCCCCCAUUGUCAUAUGUCACUUGGAGGCAGUGGUCAGUGAAACUGGUUCUGGGGUGUCUGUUGGUGCUGUUUCAAACGCACAUUUUGUGAAACCCAUGAAUAUGGUGUAACAAAGCUGAAGGUCAAGUAUCAGUGACCUCAUUACAUUCUUGCCUGCCCUCCAGUUCCUAUUCAUACAGUAUGAAAAGAAAACAGCUAGUAUCAUGUCUGUUUUAUUGGGGGAUUUUCCAUGCUGAAAUUAAGCAGUCCCUGUUUCAAUUGAAAAUAUUUUAGUGCCAAGAUGUAAGUUCAGCCAAGUUGUAGCACUACUUGUAUUAUAAGAUGAAAGGCACACAUUCAUUCAUUUUUUUUGUCAGACAGAUUAUAAAUGGGUGACUUGGCAACCUCUUCUGUUUCUGUGUCUUGUCACAUGGAUGUGACCACUGAACUGGACAAGUUGCUAUGGAAACUAUUGUAUUAUCAGCUAUUUCACCACAGUUACUUUGAGUACACUGCAGAGAGCUAUGGAAGCUACCUGCAAAAGCAGCAGUCUGCAAUGUAUUACAUGUGAAUUAAAAUGUAAACAUGA